AUGGAGUUAUUGGAUGAUAUUGAUGAUCAAGCAUUGGACCAUUUCAAAAAUGACAGUAACGUGCUCGGAUUGGACUUUAGUGUUGAUGAUAUAGACGCUGCUAAUAGUGACGAAGAAGAAGAGGAAGAAAAAGCGGAAGCAGAAGAACGCGUCAGCAGACUUGGCACUCUUGAUGUGCUUGAUAGAAUCAAACAGAGAAUAUAUGGGGAGGAGACACAGGAGAUCAGACCUCCAGAAACUAAUAGAGAUUCUGUCACAGUACUUCCUCAAUUAUCGUUAGAAGAUGCUGAUUUGGGGCCCGAGAGUCAGGUUUCAUCAAAAUACCUCCUGGAUACUCAGUCUAUUGCUAGAAAUCAUCUCAUCGGAAAACCUCACAAUAUUGCGGAUACCCAAAAAGUCAAUUCUAGUACUCUUCCUGAGAAAGAGACAGGCUUAACCAGAGAAGAGAAAAUUCAAAAGCUAAUAGAUACCAAAAGAAAACAGAGACUAGAGGAGGAAAAUCAGCUAGAAGCCGAUAUAUCGAAGACUUCGUUAACUGAUGAAGAAGAUGACUUGGUCAAUGACUCUGUUGUAUCUUCAAAGCAACAGGAUGUGACAUCAGCAAAAAAAUUACAGGAGAUUGAACAAUUCUUGAGUAUUAAGAAGAGGGAAAGAACUAUACAACCGGCUUACGAGAGAAAAGUAACAUUUUCAAAAGAGAAACUUCUCUCAGCAUUCGACAAAUCUGAUGACGAUCAGAGCUCACAAGUCGAUUUGAAAUCAAGUCCAGUAACGUCACCUUUACUAGAAACAAACGUAUCUGAAAGCGAGGAGAUUAAUGUCUUAGACUUAAUUAACAAGCCGCCAUCUGAGCAAUAUGAAAAAUCUAAAAAAGUAAGCAACCCAAUAGAAACGUAUGCACAAAACUUAAAGGCCAAACUAGGCUCUUCUCCAAGUAACAACAUUCAUUUGGAUUCGGGCGAGGAUGAGCCAUUCGAAGUUAAAGAAUCCGAGUUACAGCGAAUUCCAGAAUUAUCUAAAGAAGAUAAGUUAACAAUUAAACAGAAAUUCUCCAAAAAAAAGUAUGAAGAUAAAUCUAAGCACCAUUUGACUAGAAGCUUGAAAUUGCUCUUUAAUACUCGUUCUAAGCCCAAAGAAUACAAGGCUUUUUUGACUGAGUUAAGAAAGGCAAACAUAAAUCAGUUACAACUCUAUAAACAAACUAAUCCCGACAAGGAAUUGAUAGAAGAAAUGGAAGAAGAGGAGGGAUUAAUGGGAUCUAUUUUGGAACGUGAAUUUGAGAGAGUGAAAAACAUUAGAAAAAAAGAAAAAUUAAGAGAAAGGGCCGCUUUGGCAUUACUAGGUAAAUCGAAAACGAUUCUGAAACAAAAUGCCGAAAAUGCAACAGAAGAAGAGGUUCCUGAUAGUGAAGUUGAGGGACCGAGUGAGGUACCCUCUUCAGACCUCGAAUUUGAUGAUGAUGAAGGUGAAGAAAAUGGUCAAGAUGACGAAGAUGAUGAUAGAGAAGAUGACAAUGAUGAAGAUGGAGAUAUAAUUUUUGAAAAGAGAAGGCAUAGGAAGGUUGUACUAUCUGAUGAUGAAGGAGAAGGAGGCGAAAUUACAGGGAAGCAAAAACAGAAAGAAAAACCCGAGAGCACUAUACCUAGUUCAUAUUCAAAUAAUGAGAGGAUGCGCUCCGAUGACAGCUAUAUGUUUGGAGCUGACGAUGAAGAAUUUGUGGACAGUUUUGGAAACCAUGAGAUUGUAACUACAAUCUCGUCACAAAAGAUCAAGUCUAUGUUUGGAGAUAAUGCUUCCAUGAGCCAAGCAUUUGAACAAGGUAGUCAAGUGAAGCAGCUUGACCCUGUCACAACUGAAAUUGUAAAAGAAGCAGGCUCUGAUUUAGAACUUGAGGCACAAAACACUCAACUCUUCAAGAACCUUAAUCCUAGAGCAGCUGUAGAAUCUCAAGAAACACAAGACGAUCUGACAAUCGUCUAUGAGCCCCCUAAGAUUUUACCGUCAUUCCAAAAUGAUUCUCAAUUUGACCUUCAAUCCACUCAAGUUGAUGGCUCCCAGAGAACUCAAGUAGAUAUUGAUGAAGUAACACCAUAUACCGUACAACGAAGCAAAGCUUUGAUACAAAUGAAUGCGGUUCUACCUGAAACAAAUAAGAGUGAAAAUGAAGAAAAAGAGGAAGAAGACCAAGAGGAGAUUAACAGAAGAAUACAAAUGUACGAGGCGAAACUCAGAAAGAGGGAGUUGCGCAAGCGUCGAAAGAGGAAAGAGCUUGAAAGGAGAGGAGUUAAAAACAUGGUUGAAGGAGAGGCCGAAGAAUCUGAAGAUGAAUGGAGAGGCUUAGGAGGAGCUGACGGUGACUUUUCUGAUGAACAGGCAAAUUCUGACGAUGAAAAGAUGAUCGACGACAAUUAUAAUAUUGAUCUUAAUGACGAAGAGGUUAGAAAAAAAUUUAUGGAUCAAUAUCAAAUAUCUGAUCAAAAGCAGCUUGAAAAAUUGUUAGAUGACAUAAAAAAUCAUAGAUUGGCGAAACGAGUAGCUGGGAAUGGGUUCGAUAUAGAACUAAGUGAUGAAGAAGAUGAGCUAUUAAUGAAGUAUAGAGCUCAGAAACUAAAAGAACAACGAGAGAGGCUUCUUGCGAAUCAAAAUUUGAAGUCCUUAUCGAAAAACGAGAAAUCGAAAGCUUUUUUUGCAUCUAUUCAAGAUUCCACUUUGGCUAUUAAUAUUGACGAAGAUGGCGAUAGUGAGUUCGAGGACAGCAGAAAAAUGCAAGACUCAGAUACCGUUCAUGAAAGCAAAAAUGAGCAGCAUGAAAAAGAAACAUCGAUUAAAAAGACCAUUCGUAUCGAAGAAUCAUUUAUUCAUAAAAAGUUAUCCUUUUUGUCUAACCCAGAAGACGAAUUUGGAUACGAAAAUUUGCACAGAUUAUCAAAGCAUCAGCAUGGAUAUGACUCCUCAGAUGAAAAUCUCGAGGAUCUCAAUAGCUUAAAAGCUAAGUCAUUUAAUAACUUGAGUUUUCAUAAAAGCUCUGAGGAAAAUUCUAAACGAAAAAGAGUACCAGAUGACCCAGAUACAGAUGAUGACGAGCUUCUACCAAUGUUUAAGAGACCAUCAAUUAUCAAGUCAUUUAGAACUUCAAAUGAUAACAACGAACUGAACUUCAAAGGUGAAUUUUCUGGUGUGACGAUUAGAAAACAGUACAGAGUUGCAUCUGGCUCUAAAGCUUCUAUUACUUAUAUAUCGAAGAAUAGUAAUGCUAAAAAAAGAUUGAUAAGCUCAAAAGAGAGGCAGAUUGAAAAGAGUUUAAAUGCUGCUAAAGAAAUGAAGAAAAAACUCUUUGAGACUAGUGGCUUCGAUAACUGA